GUGUGAAGCGCUUGGAUGUGUGGUCGGAGCGGCCGAAGUCCCACUAGUGCAACUGCGCCAUUGGCUGGUAGCUGCUGGUGCCAAAAUUUACUCUAAUUCUUUUGUAGUGAACCGUGCCGACUCGACUGUGGAGAACAUUUGACUUCAGUCAUCGUAGAUAUAUUCAAACACUGACUUGUCUUUAGGCUAAAUCUAAUCUCCAGAGAGAGAGAGAGUGAGUAAGUGAGGUUGAUCUCCUUCCGAAAAAAGGAAAUGUUCGCAGCUGGCAGAGGGCAAAGGCCGGCAUCAAGUGAACGUGAAAUACUGUAUCACUUCUUGUAGGACUCAGUCAGGACUGUUUCUAGUCUUUCAGCGAGAAGAAGUUGCCCGAUUUCUGCUGCAAGUCCUGUGAAUAUCGGCGCAGCCCGCGUAUAGUACGGGAAUCCUAUCCUGAAUCGUGUAUGACGGCAGGGCCGAUGGCGACGCGGGAUGUGGCCGCAGCUAUACUUCUGGCCGUGUCGGCGAUGAUGGCAGGGUCGCAUGCGUUCAAUUUCUCAAUUUCUGAUGAGGAGACAUCCAGAAUACGAGGGUUGAACACAACUCUAGAAAGUCCUGAUGGUGGAAAAUUAGUCAUCAACAAUGUUGUCAAUGAUCUACAACAAAGAAUAGCAAGUCAUCUCUUCCAGCAGAACUCCAUUGACGGACAGGUGCACUGGCAGUACGAAGUCGGCACAGAGGAGAAUGUCACACUGAACAUCACAUGGAUGACAUUGACCGGCGAUGCUGAGGUACUAGUAGCGGUCCAGCCCAGCGCAUCACAGCUCAAACCAGGGACUGAAGUCGGCUACCUUCGAGUCACUUGCAACGAGGCCGGUUCAACGUUUUCCCGUGUACGUACCACUAUACACUACACGUCCGUGCCGCUGAAUGGAGGUGCAACACAGCAAGGGGACGUCAUGCUGACGUUUCAUGAAGACUGCUCCGGCUUUGUUCCGACCACACUGCCUACGACAGUGCCACCGACAACGUCACCACCAGACAGAGAGCCCAAUAUUGCCACUACUUCUGCCGCACCCACAGUGGGUCAGCCUGGAACAGACGAUUCAAGCGGUGGUGAUGGUGGCCUCAGCGUAGGUGCACUCAUUGGCAUCAUCAUCGGCCUGGGCGCUUUGAUCGUCCUGGUUGUCAUAAUGGCCAUCAAGCUAGAAGUGUACGGGCGAAAGCACUGGAGGGGAAGGAGAAAAACAGCACCUCCAAAGCAGUCAAUGUUCGAUGACGUCCUGGUUGACAUAGACGACUUGGUUCUUGGCCGGGACUUGGGAAAAGGUGCAUUUGGUGUGGUGCGGGAAGGUUUGAUCGGUGUCGAGAAGGUGGCCGUGAAGAUCAUGAAAGAUCCGGGAAACAGCGACCGUGUCGUCAAGUUCCUGGAGGAAGCCAUGUAUAUGAAGAAAUUCCAUCACCCUAACGUACUCUGUCUUAGAGGCGUGUGCUUCCAGCCUAACGAAGCUCCUAUGAUCGUUGUCCCGUUCAUGGCCAAUGGCGACUUGCACACGUAUUUGAAUGAUCACAACCCUACGGUGUCUCCCACGUCAGAGCCGCUUGAUUAUCAACAGCUGCUCAACUUCAGCAUUCAAGUCACAAACGCCAUGGAAUAUCUAGCCUCGUUGAACUUUGUGCAUCGAGAUCUUGCAGCAAGAAAUUGCUUGCUAAGCUCUGAUCUAGUGUUGAAGGUGGCUGACUUUGGUCUGGCGCGUGACAUGCAGGACGACAUGUACUACCGCAUGAACUCUGAGCUACGCAUGCCGGUCAAGUGGACAGCACUGGAGAGUAUCAACCAUCAGAAGUUUACACUGGAGAGCGAUGUGUGGGCGUACGGAGUACUGCUGUGGGAGAUCAUGUCUACAGGCAUGCUGCCCUAUCCCGGUAUAGCCAAUGCUGAUCUUGUCAGGUAUCUAGAGAGUGGACAUCGUCUCUCACAGCCAGCACGUUGUCCGGACCCUGUGUACCACGUGAUGCUGUCCUGCUGGGAAGAGGAUCCGAAGAAGCGUCCUCACUUCUCGCAGAUCAAGCGCAUGCUGCGCGAGAGCAACAACCAGCUGUACGAGAACAUCAUGGCCAUGCCAAUCUACCGCGACGUCAGUACCCUCGAACCCAGCUCAGCGGCGGGCAGUGCCGUGUUGAUCACCACGGUGACCAAUGGCGGCACAACCAGCACGGCCAGAUACGGCUCACCCAGCAUCCACACGUACAGUGGUGAGAGCAUCCCGAGACCGACGGCGGAGCGACGGCCAGCGACUGGUCAGUCCAUGCAUGCACCACCGAACAGCAGUUGUGACACUCCAUCAGUACACUCUGGACAGCCGUCAGCCGCAGCAGCAGCCAAGGCUCUCGAGGCGGAAUCCUGCGACAACGACGAAGACGACCGAUACGUCCCGCCUCACCUCAGCUCACCGGUCCGGCCCAGGAAUGAGUUUGCGCCGCCUGGUGCAGCUAUGCUAUGCACCGCCAACACCGUCGGCUCGCCGUCCGCUGGUUACGAGAUGCCGAUCGACCCACGCUACAGCCGAGCGCCGUCCAUGCCAGCCGAGGUAACGGUUACGGAUGGUAAGGGCCAUGCUGACCCGGAAGAGGCCGAGUUAUGACGUGCCGGGCCAGAUCAAUGAUGUCAUAAUGAGUUCAAGUGAUGCCAAGCCAAGUGAUGCCAAGAGGCUACAUGAUGUCAUCAUUGACAGCACCUGAUCGCUGGCAAUGAGAGACCUCAAGCUGCACGUGUGUACAUGGCCUCCAUGUCAUCAUGCAUACGCAAAGAGUGGUGGAAGACCUGGCCUGGUCGUUUGCCCUGUGGACAAGCAGCAGAUGGUCUCGCCGGCGUUAGGUAUGGUGUUGUACAUAUCCAUGCAGUCAUACACAUACUUCUCACAACCCUUUCAAUAGCUGGUGGAUGGAAUCCCAGAGUUUGGUACAUGUCCUGUGUGCAACCUCAAGCUGAUGAUGGGACGGGACGGAUAUCCUUGCCCUUGCCUUCUGGAACAGAGGCAACCAUUUCGACACGGGUAUUAUUUCCUUGAGACUGUUUUUGAGUAUAACUAAGGGGUGAUGUUUGUAUUCAAUGGCGUCAUAGUUAGAUUUCCGCCUACGUGAGUAUUGCGUACAUUCCAGGCCUGUUUGUGCUGUCUGCUGAAUGUCCUAGUCCCCCCCCCCCCCCCUCUAUUGCCGCGAAUUCACCGAAAUAUCUACAAAUAUUAUGCUGCACAGUAUUUUACGUAUUUUACACGUGCUAUUUUUUUGUGUAUUUCUUAAUCUCAUGCCCCCCCCCCCCAUUUUUCCGUAGACUGAGGAAUCCCCCCCCCCCCUAGCAUUGACCAGUUUUUGUGGAUGCAUAAAUUUGUUCGAACCUAAUUCAUUCCAUUUCUCCGCCAUUCACUAAUCUCAGUUCCUUCUACCAGCUUUACAAAACCUUUAAUUUUUACAUAUCGAAUUCGUUGAUAUUUGAGCCGUCAGAUGAGAAAACAGACCUUAUCACAAAAAAGUCAUAUUUUUGUUUGUGGUGCUAUCUGAUUGCCAGGAGCACCAGAAAUCGUAUGCAGAAAACUAGAGUUGAUUUGGACCAGGGAAAGUAAAGUUAUAGCCUCGACAGUAGGAGACCAUUACAAAUUGCACCUCAAUUUUGGGUGCAAUACCAACAAUUGUUUCACCUACUUUGGAUAAUAUUUUCUGUUUCCUUUGA